UACAUGGACACGAGAUCAAAUUUAGCAAGUGUGAAUCGAGGAUCCAAUGUGGAUCUCGAGGAUCGGUUCCAGAGGGAGCUCGAAUCUCUGCUGCAGCAGCAUCGUAACCGGCAAACAUCUGGCCAGGAACGAGAACGAGACGUGGAUGUGCACAGAAGCGGAAGCGCGCCACCGACGGUGGAAGGUUUGUUGAGGGCCAUGGAUAAUCAGUACUUGAACAACAACUCUGACUACAGAGAUUCUGGGAACGUUAGCAGCAGCAGCACUAGCAAUGGCGUCGAGCUUUUGUCAGACGACGAGUUACGUUGGCACCCUGCGUAUCUCUCCUACUACUACUCGAAUGAACACUCGAACCCGAGGCUUCCCCCUCCGUUGCUGUCUAGAGAGGACUGGAGGGUUGCUCAGAGGUUUCGCAACAGUGAGUCUGUGUUCGAUCCCGUCGGGGAAUGGAGGAAGAAAGUGGACAACUCCUCGUCUCUAUUCUCGGUUCAGCCUGGGGUUCCAGUUGAGCAGGCAGAGAACGAUCUGAUGGAGCUGAGGAACGCUGUAGCUCAGGGACGCUCUCAGAAGACGGCCGUGCGGCGGCUAGAUCAAGGAAGAGAUGAGUUGAUUGGGUAUCCCGGGCUUGGACCGAGAAGGAAGAGUUUCGCUGAUAUACUUCAGGAAGGACUUGAACGGGAUGCAGCCAUACGCAGCCAACUCUCUCGGCCUGCAAGUUGCAACACUUUCCGUGACAUGAACGAUCCUGCUGUUUUGUCCAACUUCAGUGCGGGUGGAUUCGACACCCCAUUAGCAUUUCAUGACUCGUUACAUUCUGCUGCUCAAACCAGUCCAAAUACUAUGCUUGGAUCCACCACGAGUUCUCCAGUGCCAAGGAACAGAACUCCCGAUUCACAUCUAGUAGGGCGAUCUUCAGCCUCUGGUUUGCCACCUAUUGGCACCAGAGUCGGUCCUGUCGAGAAGAAGAAUACGUUUGGCGCAGCAAUCCAAAACUGCGAAUCUUACAGUGCUGCUGAUCUUGCUGACACUCUUUCGAGGUUGAACAUGUCAGAGAUGAGUCAAGUAAGAGAUAACCUUAUGCAGUCGCAGCUUCAGGUGGAAUUGGAGAAUCAAUCUGAUGUCAUGCGUCACAUACCCAACGGUCAUGAGAAGGCUUUGCGUCAACAAAAUGUUGCUACGGCAGAGCCAAGCGAUCACUUAUUUUCCGGAAACUAUGGUGGAGUUAUGAGUGGAUAUGGAACAAGCCUUGGUGCUUCUACGGUGGGUUCCCACGGUCAGGUCAACAUUCCUAAACGAACCUCCUCUUCAGCGAGUCUCUACUCAACUUCAGACCGCUCUAGGUUAGGAAGCCUGGGCUUGUCUGAUGUCAGUAUUCAGAAUGCAAAUAUCAAUGGAACGGACUUCUCCACAGCUGGUGGUUAUUUGGUGAAUAACAAGUUGAAUUCAUUAGCUGAGCACUAUUCCGCUGAAGGCUCACAUUUGACUCGGGAAGGGGAUAGACAAAGCUUGAACAGAUUGAUAAACCAAGUUGCUUCUGAGCUUCACUCUCCAGUUAUGGAUCCCCAUUACAGCCAGUAUACGGGUGCACCAAGUGAUCAUUCUCUUCUUAGAAACAAUUUCGGGGCUUCAAACGGAGAAACGGAUAAUGAAUACCUCGCGAUGUUACUUGCUCAAAACAGGCAACAGCUGGGUAACCUCGGUGCUGCAAAUUCUAGAUUAUUUGAGAAUCCUUCAUAUGAUCUUGGCAGCAUGUAUCUAGGAAACCACCUGCCUUCUCCUUCCAAGAAUUCAAGAAAUCUCCAGAACAUGCGAAUGUCACAAUCUGCCUCAAUGAUGAAAGUUCCUUUUGGAGGAUUACAGGGAUCAUCCCAUGUAGAUAUUGGCAGCACAACAGAAGCAUCCUUACUAGAGGGGUUCAAGAACAACAAGACAAGGUCUUUGGAGCUUUCGGAAAUAGUUGGUCAUGUGAUUGAGUUCAGCAUGGAUCAGUACGGAAGUCGUUUCAUUCAGCAAAAACUUGAGACUGCAACGGAUGAGGAAAAGAAUGCAAUAUUCCCUGAGAUACAUCCUUAUGGUCGCACUUUGAUGACAGAUGUCUUUGGAAAUUAUGUCAUUCAAAAGUUUUUUGAGCAUGGUACAAACAGACAGAGAAAAGAGCUCGCUGAACAAGUUACGGGCCACGUUCUGACUCUCUCACUACAAAUGUAUGGCUGCAGGGUUAUCCAAAAGGCGUUAGAGGUUGUUGAUUUGGAGCAGCAAGCUCGAAUGGUGCGAGAGCUUGAUGGGGCCGUCAUGAAAUGCGUUCAUGAUCAGAACGGUAAUCAUGUGAUCCAGAAGUGUAUAGAGCGUCUUCCUCAGGAUUAUAUACAGUUCAUUAUUUCCUCAUUUUACGGGAAAGUCUUGGCACUUUCAACACACCCUUAUGGAUGUCGUGUAAUCCAGAGGGUACUGGAGCAUAUUGAUGACAUAGAAACCCAACGGAUCAUUAUGGAAGAAAUCAUGCAUUCAGUCUGCACUCUAGCUCAAGAUCAGUACGGAAAUUAUGUUAUUCAGCAUAUCAUACAACACGGUAAACCACACGAACGGUCAGAAAUUAUCAAUAAGCUUGCUGGGCAGAUUGUGAAGAUGAGUCAACAGAAGUUUGCUUCUAACGUUGUUGAAAAGUGCUUAACAUUUGGCGGUCCAGAGGAACGUCAGGUUCUAGUGAAUGAGAUGCUUGGUUAUACUGAUGAAAACGAGCCUCUUCAGGCGAUGAUGAAGGAUCCAUUCGGGAACUACGUAGUGCAAAAGGUUCUAGAAACAUGCGAUGAUCAAAGUCUUGCACUCAUUCUUUCUCGCAUCAAAGUCCACUUGAAUGCCUUGAAGAGGUUCACAUAUGGGAAACACAUCGUUGCCCGCGUUGAGAAACUUAUCACCACUGGAGAGAGAAGAAUUGGACUCGCGUCAUCUCUAGCCGCAAAUGCUACUUCUUAG